AUUUCCCUACAACCAUGUCCCAAACACCAGUACCUGAUGAAUACGACGACACCAGAAUCUUGGGCUACGACCCUUUAAUUCCACCUGCGUUGCUCCAGCACGAAAUCAAAGCCUCUUCUCAAUCUUUGGCUACUGUGAUUAAAGGUCGUUACGAAUCUUCGCAAAUCAUCUCUGGAAAGGACGACAGAGCCUUGGUCAUCGUUGGUCCAUGUUCGAUUCACGACACUGACGCAGCCUUGGAAUACGCCGCUCGUUUGCGUAAGUUAGCCGACGACUUGGAAGAAGACUUGGUAAUUGUCAUGAGAGCCUACUUGGAAAAGCCUAGAACCACUGUCGGUUGGAAGGGACUUAUUAACGAUCCAGAUGUAGAUAAUUCAUUCGAUAUCAACCGUGGUUUGCGUAUUUCUCGUCAGUUGUACUCUGACUUAACCGGCAAGAUGGGUUUGCCUAUUGGUUCUGAAAUGUUAGAUACCAUCUCUCCUCAAUAUUUCUCGGACUUUUUGUCCUUCGGUGCCAUUGGUGCCAGAACUACUGAGUCACAGUUGCACAGAGAAUUAGCUUCUGGACUUUCCUUCCCAAUUGGUUUCAAGAACGGUACUGAUGGUGGUUUGACUGUUGCCUUGGAUGCUGUACAAGCCUCUUCCAAGGGCCACCACUUCAUGGGUGUUACCAAGAAUGGUAUGGCUGCCAUCACUACCACCAAGGGUAACGACAACUGUUUCAUCAUCUUGAGAGGAGGUAAGAAGAUCACCAACUACGAUGCUGAGUCUGUUGCUUCUGCCAAGGAAGCCAUCUCCAAGUCGACCAACCCUAACAUCAAGUUGAUGAUCGAUUGUUCUCACGACAACUCUCAAAAGGACUACAGAAACCAACCUAAGGUGUUGGACUCUGUUGUUGAACAAAUCACUGCUGGUGAAGAUGCCAUCAUUGGUGUCAUGAUCGAAUCACACAUCAACGAAGGUAAGCAAAGUAUGCCUGCUGAAGGUUGUACCAAGGAUUCAUUGAAGUACGGUGUCUCCAUCACUGAUGGCUGUGUCUCUUGGGAAUCCACUGUUGAAAUGUUGACCAAGUUGUCUAACGCUGUCAAAGCUAGAAGAGCCCUCAAGGCAUAAAAGUUAUCAUAAGUUCCAAAAAUUAUAUAUAUAUAUAUAGGGUCUUUCCCUAAUAAAGCUAUUCAUGUAUCU